CUGAAGCAGGGUCCUGUAACAAAUUUGUCAAAAGAACACGUAUAAUGGAUCUCAAAGAAAGCUGCCCAAGUGUUAGCAUUCCCAGCUCUGAUGAACACAGAGAGAAGAAGAAAAGAUUUACUGUUUACAAAGUGUUGGUCUCUGUUGGCAGAAAUGAAUGGUUUGUCUUCAGACGGUAUGCAGAGUUUGAUAAACUCUACAAUACGCUAAAGAAGCAAUUUCCCACCAUGAACCUGAAGAUUCCAGCUAAAAGAAUAUUUGGAGAUAAUUUUGAUCCUGAUUUUAUUAAACAAAGAAGAGCAGGACUGAAUGAAUUCAUUCAAAAUUUAGUUAGACAGCCAGAGCUAUGCAACCACCCAGAUGUCAGAGCAUUUCUUCAGAUGGAUAACCCAAAACACCAGUCGGAUCCAUCUGAAGAUGAAGAUGAAAGGAGCAGUCGGAAGUUAAACUCUACCUCACAGAAUAUCAACUUGGGACCAUCUGGAAAUCCUCAUGCUAAACCAACAGACUUUGAUUUCCUGAAAGUUAUUGGGAAAGGCAGCUUUGGCAAGGUCCUUCUUGCAAAACGAAAACUGGAUGGGAAAUACUAUGCUGUCAAAGUGCUGCAGAAAAAAAUUGUUCUUAAUAGGAAAGAGCAAAAACAUAUUAUGGCUGAACGUAAUGUGCUUUUGAAAAAUGUGAAACAUCCAUUUUUGGUUGGAUUACAUUACUCAUUCCAAACAACAGAAAAGCUUUACUUUGUCCUGGAUUUUGUUAAUGGAGGAGAGCUGUUCUUUCACUUACAAAGAGAACGUUCCUUUCCUGAGCACAGAGCCAGAUUUUAUGCUGCUGAAAUAGCCAGUGCACUGGGCUACUUACACUCCAUAAAUAUCGUGUACAGGGAUUUAAAACCAGAAAACAUUCUUCUAGAUUCACUAGGUCACGUUGUGUUGACAGACUUUGGACUUUGUAAAGAAGGGAUUGCAAGUUCUGAUACCACUGCAACUUUUUGUGGGACACCAGAAUAUCUUGCACCAGAAGUCAUUAAAAAGCAGCCCUAUGACAACACAGUAGACUGGUGGUGCCUUGGUGCAGUUCUUUAUGAAAUGCUUUAUGGACUGCCUCCUUUUUACUGCCGUGAUGUUGCUGAGAUGUAUGAGAACAUUCUUCAUAAACCCCUAGUUCUGCGCCCAGGAAUCAGUCUUACAGCCUGGUCUAUUCUGGAAGAACUUUUGGAGAAAGAUCGGCAAAGCCGACUUGGAGCAAGGGAAGAUUUUCUUGAAAUUCAAAAGCACCCGUUCUUUGAAUCUCUCAGCUGGACUGAUCUUCUUCAGAAGAAGAUUCCACCACCAUUUAAUCCUAACGUGGUUGGACCAGAUGAUAUUGGGAAUUUUGAUGCAGUGUUUACAGAAGAAAUGGUCCCAUACUCAGUUUGCGUUUCUUCUGAUUACAACAUUGUUAAUGCCAGUGUGCUAGAGGCAGAUGAUGCAUUUGUUGGAUUUUCUUACGCACCACCUUCUGAAGAUAUGUUUUCCUAGGAAGUUAGAAGCCAACAGUGUUUUGGAAGUCUUGGGGUGAACUGAAGUGUUAGGGUCACGGACACAUUCCAAAAUAGCAUAACUAGUGCCUCGUUUUGUAUGUAGGUUUGAAACCUAUGAACAAACUUUCUCUGCUGUAUAGGAGGAACUUGGGCAUUUUGGAUGGCUUUCUUUGGGGUUUGAACUGUUUGUUCCUGCUGCAGAAAAUAUUUUUUAAAACCUUUAAAAAGCGUUCUCUACAUAUUUUUUAAGCAAAAACACUGACUGUUCUCCUCAAUCCCUUCAAGUUUACAUUUAUGCCUCUCUGAGAUUUGGCUGGGACAAACAGCAGCAAAUUUAGUAAAUUUAUAAAGCUUUUGUACCUAUUUACAGUGACUUUGUGCUUGAAUUGUAACUAUGCAAAUUGUUUUUUGUAUAUCCUGGUUUAAGGAAGGUAAAUUUUUUUCCCUGUUGUAUCAGUUUGAAAUAUAUGUUAAUUUACCUGUCAGCACUUAAAUGAGGGGCUAAUACAAGUUAAGACCAAGAUUCUUAAAGGACUUCUACAGAAUGAGAAGUUGGUCGUGUAAAACUGGAUUGUUGCUCUUGCGCUUGCUGAAGUACCCGUUCGUUCAACUGGAUUAUCUGAGGUAUGGGGGAUUGCUCAAAGCAAGGAUGGAACAAAUUAACUGGAUUGAUUUGAUAACAUUACUGAUCAUGUGUUCUGCUUUUCUUUCCUCCCUGAAAUAAAUACACCUGUAUUUCAACUACGUUAAAAAUAUUUU